GUGAAAAGAACAGAGGGUGUGAGAUUGGAUAUCCUCUAUUUUAAUGGGACUUUUGGACUUCGGGAGAGAUUUGAGAUUCAAACGUAUAAACACGCGACGCCAAUGCGGGACAGCAAAAAAGGCAACGAAGCGGCGGCCUUGAGAUAGGGGGAAAAAAAAAUGAAGUUUUCGGUGAAAGCAUGGAGCAACGGAAGAGCACGGGCAGGGGUCCUACUGCUGGGCGGUUGCCCAUACCCAAUAGAGACACCGGCUCUGUUACUCACCACUCGGAAAGGCCUGCCCAUUUUCAUAUCCCCUGACCUCCUUCCUUCCCUCCCUUCUCCUGAUUCCCAUCUCCUCCAGUUUAGCCCUCUUCAUUUCUUAGAGGAUCUUUCCCCCAAGACGAUAUCAGAUAUUGGAGGAUUGCACCAGAUUCUGGGUUUGCAUGAAUAUGUAUUUUCAGCCAUUCCAAGGGACUCUAUAUUAUGUCUUCCAGAAUGUAAUAGCACUAACAAAACCGGGGCAUCUUUUGAAACUCCUUGUGGUCGUCGCUUGAUAAAACCUGUAGAAUAUAUGGAAAUGAUUUCUUCCAUGAAGCCAAACUUGUGGGCAACCUUAGCUGACGAAGUGCCUGCUUGGGUUUCGGAGAAGAGAAACAAAGCCUCCGUUGAUCGAACAGUGACAUGGCUUGAUGAUUGCAUUAGGUUGAACCAGGCAGGUGGAGCUGUUUUUGGGUCCAUUGUUGGAGGCCUUAGUGUUGAAGAACGCCUGCGUUGUGCUAAAGAAGUAAUGAAGCGAAACGUAUCAGGUUUCUUUUGCUGUUCUUUGUUUUCUGCCUAA